AUGGUGGCAGGCUGCACUCGUGGCUCAACGCACUCAACUUCGCGUUCCGGUCGAUCAGGACAUUCUCCACGAAAUUCAGCUCGAUUCGAGUUGGACUCGUCAAUGGCCAACUCGACCAACUGCGCCAAUCUCAAACAUGGCUACAAUAGCUCGGCCGAAGGCUAUAUUCCAGGCAAACUACCAUUACCCAACGACUUUUUUCCUGUCCCGCAGCUGAGUGCCAAGGAGAAUCGAUAUCUACUUGGACUUGCGAAGCAUGCGUGUAAAGAAGUCGUGUAUUAUUCAAGACAUCAGGAUGGGCCGAUGAAGUGGCUCCAUUUGUCAUCAAACGACGGUGUCGAUGUGUUUCAAGGUGUUGACAUUUCGGGAUCCAAUGAUGCGCAGCAAGAUGCGAAAGGACUUACGUACUUGAGAGGGUCGUGCAAGAUUCACGCGACAAUUGAUGAAAUUUCAGACUUUUUUAAGCUCGAUACACCCGAAAAAUUGUCAGGAUUUACUCAAACUGUUGGCCGAGACUUGCUCGACCAAAAGACAUUAUUAACUCUUGCAACACCAACAUUAGAUAAUCCGAAGCAUUACGUCGCAGUCAAGUGGACGGCAGUCGAAUCGCCAAGUAAACUCGCACGCAGUCGUGACUUUUGCUACAUUGAGUGUCACGACGAGUUUAUUGACGCUAAUACUAAGCGACGAGGUUGGGUACGAAGCAUGCACUCGAUUCGACUGCCAUUCUGUCCUCCCUUGACUCGAAGUCACAAUCUAGUUCGUGGUAGUUUCUAUCGGUCUGGAUAUAUAUUUACUGAGUCUGCUGAUAAGGGAUAUGUGGAUGCUGUCCAUACAUUGCAUGUGGAUAUCAAAGGCAAUGCCCCAAAUUGGUUAAAAAUCUUAACCAUGAAGCGUCGUAUUACGAAUAUUGCCUACGUAAACCAUUACUUUCAGCGCCAACGAUUGGCCCAGGAAACGUUAUUAGGUGAAAAGGAUUUGCCAGCAAAAGAACUCGUGACUCGGUGUCAAUUGUGUGAUAUACGCUUUGGUUUAUUUCAUCGACGUCGGCUCUGCCGUAAAUGCGGCAAAGUGGUGUGUAAUUCGUGUGGUACUGUGGUUUUGCUUGAUCCAGAGUCUGUUGGUCCGACAAAAGUGCGAAUUUGCGUCGAAUGUUCGGAAUUUGGGAAAAGUGUACCCAUGAUGGAUCAAUCGGUUAUAGUGGUGAAUGGAACCAAGCAAAAAAAUCUUGGUGUCAGUCAAUCAAUGAUUUACCUUGAAAAUCGACCGCAUUGGAUUGAUGAGCACGAGUUUCUUCUUGUCGAUGAGGAUGCCAAUGAAUUGGCGGAUGUUGAAGCGGCAAAGCGUACAAAUCUGAAGUUUGAAGAUCUAUUGAAGGAAGCAAGGGAGAACGCAGAAGUCAAGCCAGAAUUAAGAAACUUUAACUUGAAGACAAUGGCUUCAUUUGAAAUGAAAGGUGCUUUUGAUGAGGCUGAAAGUCCAAGCUUAAGUACCAAUGACUUAACGUUAUGGAAAGAUCCAGUGGAUGCGAAAAGGGAGGAAGUCGACAAGACCAACAUGCUAUUGGAAUGUGAAAUGGAACAUCAAUCGGAAAUGAAUAUUCCGCCAUCGAGACCUCGUGUUUAUGGAUUUGUAGGGAGCGGACCAGAAGAAUCUCUUCAGUGGGGCUCGAAACGGAUGCAUACUCGAUUUGAACGUGACAUCGUGACCAGAAUCCAUUCAAAUGAUGAUGUGACGAAACCCGACUUGUCGAAAGACCGAUCUCGCUCUCGAUCUCGAAGUACUGCCGAGUCAAGGUGCGUAUCUCCUAGUCAUCAUGGUAAAACCGGAAGCCGCAGUCGACACAAUAGCGUAGAAGAGGAACGAGGGAGCGUUACUUACCAGACACGCCGUCGACUUACAAAUAUUUCUACACAGCGUCGGUAUGCCGAUACGACAACAGCCCUUGACAGGAAGAUACCAAGAUAUCGGGCAUCGGAUAGUAGUAAUGGAACUGGCGUACCAGCACACCAUCAACCAGCCGAAUUAAAGCUCGAAUCUCCAACUUUAUUGAUGAAUAACUCGAACCGCGGUGGGCAAGAUCAACGGAACGAUGAUUUUCAUGAUCCAGAAAAUGAAGCGUUUCGGUUAGCAAUGUCCGCUAUGCGAUUAUAUGAAGAAGAACGCGGUCCAAAUCUGCACGUGGCCGAGGAAACACGUCAAGUGGCACUUGUCAAGAUGAUGAAAGUCUAUGCACGAGAAAUCAAGCGUUGCCAGAGUGUCAGCAUGAAAUUGUACAGUCGAGAUACCAUUUCCGAUACACGACAAGUGAAACAUGAGAUUAAAAAUUCCAGACGAAUGAGACGAACAUUCGACGAUGAUCGGCCUCCAUAUGAUGUUUUGCCAUUGCAGAUAUCUCGUCAAGAUCAGCGACAAGUGACGACGAACAAUCUUAGCUGUCGCAAGGAUUCGAUCGCUUCGAUGCUUUCCACAAAGAAAACAUCUGAAGAAGUUUACGAGUAUCGAGAUCUUUCGGAUCUCUCAAUUAGUGCUUUCCAGGCUUUUCAAAGAAGCUCUCGUGGAUCAAAACCGGCGUUACAAGUAUCAGUUGAGAACAAUGACGUAUACUAUCAACACGAAGAAGUAUCACCAACAUCAGUGCAUUUUCAGCAGGGAUCAACUAAUUUUGCACAUGUGCAGACCAAGUCCGACGCGUCUGCACAUCCAAGAAACAACAGCAUGAACAGUAGUGACAUUGUUGACAGAUUGUUGCGGCCAAACUCAAUGUUUGGAUUAGCUGAUGAAGACACUUUUAGUGACAUGGACUUGAAGGACCUUCCUCAUUUAAUGUGCAAGGACGAUAAUCGUGUUCAAACAGUCAAUUCAUUUGCAGACUUGCAACAUUGGACGAAAGAAAGCUUUUCUGAAAAUGGUGGACUUGAAUACGUGGAGGAACCUCGAAUUAGCGACUUACUAUCACCCCUUUAUUUAGACGAUGUGCAACACGUCGAAGAUGACGAUAGUGAAAGCCAGUCUUCAACAUCGUCGUCUCAAAUUGACUGGCAAGCCACAAUCUCGGAAAAAGUGCCAUUAGGACAUCAUAGGGCUGCUGCGAUUCCCCACCAGAACGAAGCUAUCAGCUCGCUCAUAGAAAAAAAUAACUUCUCGGAGAGCAUGGUGACGCAAAAUGAAGUUCCUAAUUAUCAUCGUCAGUAUUCCCAGCUUCCAUCACUCCCAAAUCUCUUGUCUGAGUAUUGUGAGAGUGAUCGCUCUUCACUCCCGUCUUAUCUUGAAUUUGGAGGUUCACAAUCCGAGCUGGAGCCAGAAUAUCUUGAAGCGAUUGCAAAAGCUAGCAGCGAGAUUGUAUCCUCGAUGGAAGAGGAAAGGCGACGAAGAGAAUCAAGUAUUCCAUCUGAGCUGGAAUCGAUGAUGUCACGUGAAUUAUGCACGUAA